AUGAUGCUGGCUGACGGUGUCCCUCCAGGUAAAACGGUUUGUUCGGAUGGUUGCCCGAUGUCGGAGAAAGUACGCUCUAUAAUAUAUUGGCGGCAACCAGUUGUAACUGGCAUCAUACUGGCUAUCUUACUGAUUGUUGAAUUUAGUUUUAUGUGUCUUUCUGCAAUUUCCUUCAUUGCUUACAUCGGGUUAGCUCUUCUCGUUUCCGUCAAUUUAUUGCGUAUGUAUUAUCACUUUGUGGCUAAGACAGAAAAUAAUUUUGUCAGAGAAUAUCUGGAACGAGAGAUCACUGUACCACAAGACAAAGCAGAAAAAGUUUCUCGACGUCUUACUGAAGCUUUAAACAAAGGAAUAAUACGUACUAGAGAAAUAUUCUUACUUACCGACCCUGCUGCGUCCGUAAAAUUCGCCGUGUUGUUGUAUCUAUUGACAUAUAUUGGUGCCCAGUUCAACUUCUUAACCUUAUGCAUACUGUUCACAUUUGGUUUAUUCUGUGUACCAAAGUUUUAUGAACGCUACCAACCGGAAAUCGAUAAAAUGAUUGAGCUAGCGAAAUCAAAAAUAGAUAUGGUAUCAUCACAGGUUAAAACGCAUCUUGAGAAGAUACCAUUUAUUGGUGGUGGUGGUGGUGGUCGAAAGGACAAAACACAAUAA